CCCUCUAGUGAACAGACCAAACAUUACAUAAACAGAAAACCGUCAUGGCGGCCACCGCCAGACUCCUAUCAAGGUUGACUCUGGUUACAGGCGGAGGCAGUGGGAUUGGACGGGCGGUGUGCCAGCGUUUGGCCUCUGAAGGAGCUUCUGUGGUGGUCGCUGACAUCAGCGAGGAGUCAGCUAAUGAGACGUUAGGGAGUUUACCGACGGACCUCAGAGGGCAGGUUCACCUGGCGGCUGCUGUAGACGUGUCGUCUAAGGAGAGCGUAAAGAAGCUGGUGACGAGUAUACAGACCCAUUACUUCCAGCCUCCUUCGGUGUGUGUGAAUGCAGCGGGCAUCACUCAGGACGACUUCCUGCUCAACAUGGAGGAAGAGCAGUUUGACAGAGUCAUCCAGGUCAACCUGAAGGGUUCAUUCUUGGUGACUCAGGCUGUCGCUCAGGCUCUGGUGGCUUGUGGAGCUCCUAAAGGAUCCAUCAUCACGUUGGGCAGCAUCGUAGGAAAGGUUGGGAACCUCGGACAGGUCAAUUAUGCAGCAUCUAAAGCUGGAGUUGAAGGUUUGACCCGGACGGCUGCUAAAGAACUCAGCAGAUUUGGGAUUCGUUGUAAUUGCGUGUUGCCUGGUUUCAUAUCAACACCGAUGACGGAAAAAGUACCAGAGAAAGUCAUCAACAAGAUGAUGUCAUUGGUGCCUCUGGGAAGAAUUGGCGAACCUGCAGAGGUCGCUGAUGUUUGUGCCUUUUUAGCUUCUGAUGACUCUCGGUACAUCACAGGAGUCAGCAUCGAGGUCACAGGUGGACUCUUCAUUGGUUAAAACAUCCUUCUGUUGACCUGGAGACAGAUUUCGUCAUAAUUACUACUAUGUUAAAUAGUUUAUUUGUAAAUCUGUAUUAAACAACCUGUUGACUGUG